GUAUAUUUAAAAUAAUAAUAAUAAUAAUAAUAAUUUUUUCAUCUUUUUUCUUCUUCUUCUUCUUUUCCUAUUAUUGUCAAUGUGGAAACAUAGAGACCUUUAUAGAAAAAAAGGACAAGAUAGUCUUGUUCUUCAAGAUCAGCUCUGUUCUGAACCACAACCCUCAGAAUCAAGUAUCUAUGGGGGUUGUGAAUUUGAUGUGUUUGGCCAUAAAGAUCUAAAAGAACAUCAAUUUGCACCCUUAUAUUCAGCAGAGAAAUUCACACCUAAACCAGAAGAUAGAGUGCCUUAUAAACGAGGAGAAGUACUUGUUCGAGCAAGAGAAGCAUUUGAACUGGGUGAUACACUAGACAGUCCAACCAGUCUAAAAAAGAGGAAAUUGACAGAUCCACCAUUACCUACACAUGUGUUUAUUGAACCUACUGCAGCAGUCAAUACACCCAUUGCUCAUAUGUUCUUGAAAGAAGAUACAAAAGAAACAACCCAACUUGAUUUAGAAUACGCAUAGAAUAUUUGUACAUAAAUAAACAAAAUUAAUUUUAUAUAUAUAUAUUUUUUUCUUUUUUUUUUU